ACCAGAACGCACUUGCAACGAGGCCCAGUCUAGUGUCGACUUCAUAAAUAGGGCGUUGUGAUGAGGCUCCGGCGGCCUUUGUGUCCACACAGCAAGCCCGGAGCAGUGCAGCGGAAACAGGGGAGGCGGAUGUGGCGAGGCCCGGCCCCAAUAAAUAAGACAUGAUCCAGGCUGGCUGCACCACGGCACCGCGGCGAGAAGAAGACGACUGGUCGUUAUGCUUCCAGUUCUAGUCUGACACAUUUUUAGCUGGCGUUACAAACGGAGAAACGAUUCUCUUUUUUUGUUGACCGACGAUCACACCACCUAGGGGAGGCAGCCGCGCCCCGCCGUCGGCGCGUAGAGACGCGGCUUGCAAGAGGCUGACAGGUCGCUGGGCUGCGGGGCAGCGCGGAGCUCCGGCGGCCAUGAUUGAGCGACUCCUGCGGGGACUAUUUUGUCAUGCGGAUGGACGUUUAAAUCUCAUCUGGCAAAGGUGUGCAUUGUCCAUCCCGUAACCCUCUGAAAGUGACAGUCACUGUGGAUUCCGUCACCGUCCAUCGUGGAACGCGUGGUGACGUGUUGCAAAGUGCAGACACCAAAGAAAUGUGUCGCAAGCAAAUCGUGAGCUGAAACAAGUGCCUUGGACAGAACUUACCAUUCCACCAUUCUGUCUCGAUUUUCAUCUGUUUUGUUUAUUUUCAUAACAUUUUAAUCACCUUGCAACCAUUCGCCCAUCCCUUGCGACGGCCGUCCUCCGCCCCCGCACCAAAUCAUCUGCUCCCUCUCCAUCUCGCUACCUUCAUCGCCACUGCCGGCACCCUCACCCUCAUCAGCAGCGUCCCUCCGCUUGCCCUCGCUUCUCACCCCCUGCACUCACGGCCUCAGAUGCGGUGGUAGCCAUGGCAGCAGCCGCUGCUGCCGCCUCCUCCUCCUCGUCUCCCCCCCCGCCGUCCUCACCAGGAGCCAACGGUAGCGCCCGGGAACACUUGAUGGCCGUGCGGCGCCGUAGCCCGCACGGUCGCCCGUACACGAUCGGCCCCGAGAGCCUCCGAGGCCUUUCGGCGCAAGGUGCCAUCGGCUCUUCUCCCCCUGUGUCGUCGGGCCAGCCGGAGAUGGCGGCUGUGGGGCUACAGCGGGCCAACAGCGACACAGACCUUGUGACGUCGGAUAGCCGCUCCUCGUUGACGGCGUCCACGUACCAGCUUACGCUCGGCCACGGCCACCUCGUCAUCUCAUGGGACAUCAAGGAGGAAGUGGACGCCACAGACUGGAUUGGCCUGUACCAUAUCGAUGAGACAUGCGUCGCCAACGUGUGGGACUCCAAAAACCGCGGCGUGAACGGCACCCAGCGAGGCCAGAUUGUGUGGCGACUGGAGGCGGGCCCUUACUUCAUGGAGCCCGAGACUAAAGUCUGCUUUAAAUACUACCACGGUGUGAGUGGAGCACUAAGAGCGACAACACCCUGCAUCACGGUCAAGAACCCUGGAGUGACGGCGGGCAGUGAAGGUCACGCUGAGGGCCAGUCGGGGGCAGAGCUCGGUCGCAAGCUGGUCAGCUUCACCAUAUCAGACAUCCGGGCGGUGGGCCUGAAGAAAGGCAUGUUUUUCAAUCCUGACCCUUACCUGAAGAUGUCCAUCCAGCCCGGGAAGAGGAGCGGCCUCCCCAAGUUCACGCACCAUGGCCAGGAGAGGAGGUCCUCCAUCAUCGCCAACACCACCAACCCCGUGUGGCACGGAGAGAAAUACACCUUUGUGGCCCUGAUGAGCGACGUGAUGGAGAUCGAGGUGAAAGAUAAGUUUGCCAAGAGCCGACCAAUCAUCAAACGCUUUCUGGGACAGCUGAUUGUCCCCGUGCAGAGACUCCUUGAGGGGCCCACAGCCGACCAACACCCAGUCAGCUACAGUCUGUGUCGCCGCCUCCCUACAGAUCACGUUAGCGGGCAGCUGCAGUUUCGGGUGGACGUCACCUCCAUCGGACAUGAAGCCUCUCCAGAAUUAACCGGAAGCAUCUUGAGCAGCGCUGUUAACGGCGACCCCGGUAGUCCGUCUGACGAUGAAGACCUUCCGCACUCCUCAUCCUCUCGCAUCGCCCAUGGAGCCUCGCCCACAGGCUCAGACGAAGGCUCUCUAUUGGUCAACGGUGCUUGUUACUACGGCAACAGCAGCGCUUGGCAGGAGGACACAGUCCUGGUGGCUUCAGGCGGCCACACCCACCGGCAGGUGUCCCUCAACGACUACCUGGAUGCCAUUGAGGCCUCUGGGGGGCCUGUGGAGCGACUUCCAACGGGGCCCAGACUCCGCUCCAGCUUUCCCACAGACACGCGGUUGAACGCCAUGCUUCACAUCGACUCCGACGAGGACGACGAGAGCGCGGGACAGCGUGGUGACCAAUCCCAAGAGACAAAGUCACAGCGCACGGCAGAAGUCGCCUUUUCCGGAGCAUCGUCUGAGCUUCCAAGAGGGAGCGAGGGCUCCGAAUGUGGACCACUGUCAUCAGCGGAAACAGGUUCUUCUGUCAUUGAGUUGACCGGUGUGGACGGAGUACAAACGGAGGAGGAGACACUGACCAACAGCAAUGCAGCGGCAGCUGGAGCAUCAACAAAUGCUGGGGAAGAACCUGGAACCAACGGUUCUCCUUCAGAGCCCACGGGCGCAUGUGCAUGCGGCGAGCAAAGUCUAAGGAUGAGCCAAGAUUCCACCUGCGGUUUGGCUUUCAGCAGCGGCCCGCUUUCGCCCAUUCAGGAGGUGGAAACAAGGACAGAUGUGGCUCCCAAGGCGGAGGAGGAAGGCGCCGAGUUAUCAAGCAGCAACAGCCUUGCAAAUUCUGCUCUGACAAAUGCCAGCGACAUCGGGACCUCUGUAGCCACUACAGGGGCUGUCGGUGAGGAUGCGCAAGGUGAGCACGGACAGGAGGAGGAGGAGGGAGGCGAGGUGUGGAAGAGACGCUCCCUGCGAGCCGCUGAAGGUGUAGCUUCCAACCAGGCGGCCUGCAGGGCGCUGGAAGGCCUGAGCGGGACUAUACCAGAAAGAGAGACUGGGGCCACAGCUCAGGUCAACGGCCACACGUCUGUUCACUCACUGUCAUCUGUACGCCAUGACAUCAGUCGCUACCAGAGAGUGGACGAGCCCCUCCCGCCCAACUGGGAGGCCCGCAUUGAUAGCCACGGACGGAUCUUUUACGUGGACCACGUCAACAGAACCACCACCUGGCAGCGGCCUACAGCCCCGGCUUCCCCGCAGACCCUCCAGAGGUCCAAUUCCAUCCAGCAGAUGGAGCAGCUGAAUCGCAGGUAUCAGAGCAUCCGUAGGACGAUCACCAAUGACAGCAGAGCUGAGGAAGUGCCAGCCAAUGAGCAGCCGGGCGAUGAGAGCGACGGGCACCCUUCUUUUCCAGAGCUGCGUCGAGACAGCGGAGCAGUCCAGUCGAGUUCCCGGUCCCGCCUGUACCUGCUGCUCCAGUCUCCCAGUGCCAGGUUCCUCACCAGCCCAGACUUCUUCACUGUGCUGCAUUCUAACCCCAGUGCCUAUCGUAUGUUCACCGCCAACACGUGUUUGAAACACAUGAUCAGUAAGGUCCGCCGGGACGCGCACCACUUUGAACGCUACCAGCAUAACAGAGACCUGGUGGCCUUCCUCAACAUGUUUGCUAACAAGCAGCUGGAGCUGCCUCGAGGCUGGGAGAUGAAGCACGACCACGCCGGCAAGCCUUUCUUCGUGGACCACAACAGCCGAGCAACCACCUUCAUCGACCCCCGGCUUCCCCUGCAGAGUUCCCCGCCCCCAAGCCUCUUGGCUCACCGGCAGCACCUCACCCGCCAACGCAGCCAUAGCGCUGGCGAGGUGAGCCCACGGCGCCUGGUGGGCGAAGAGUCCCGUCACGCCGGGCCAAGCGUGCUGCCGAGGACCUCCAGUACCUUCGCAUCUUCCAGUAGGGGGCAGUGUCAAGACGUUGUUCCAAUGGCGUACAACGACAAGAUUGUGGCUUUUCUACGGCAACCCAACAUAUUUGAGACAUUACAGGAGAGGCAGCCAGAUUUCCAUCGGAACCAUUCACUCAGGGAGAAGGUCCAGCUGAUCCGCACAGACGGAGCAUCAGGAUUGGCACGGUUGUCCGGAGACGCUGACCUAGUGAUGUUGCUCAGUCUGUUUGAGGAUGAAGUUAUGUCCUACGUGCCUCCUCACGCCUUACUGCACCCCAGCUACUGCCAGUCACCUCGGGGCUCUCCCGUGUCCUCCCCGCAGAACUCACCCGGUACUCAGAGAGCAAAUGCUAGAGCUCCAGCGCCGUACAAGAGAGACUUUGAGGCAAAACUGCGCAAUUUCUACAGGAAGCUAGAGACCAAAGGCUACGGCCAGGGACCAGGGAAGUUAAAGUUGAUCAUUCGCCGCGACCACCUGCUGGAGGACGCCUUCAAUCAGAUCACGUGCUACUCCCGCAAAGACCUGCAGCGUAGCAAGCUCUACGUCAGCUUUGUGGGCGAGGAAGGAUUGGACUAUAGCGGACCUUCGAGAGAGUUCUUCUUCCUGGUCUCCAGAGAACUCUUCAAUCCUUACUAUGGUCUGUUUGAAUAUUCCGCCAACGACACGUAUACAGUCCAGAUCAGCCCAAUGUCCUCCUUUGUGGACAAUCACCAUGAAUGGUUCCGGUUCAGCGGUCGCAUCCUGGGUUUGGCUCUGAUCCACCAGUACCUUCUGGAUGCCUUCUUCACCAGACCCUUCUACAAAGGCUUACUGCGCAUUCCAUGCGAGCUGAGCGACCUGGAGUAUCUGGAUGAGGAGUUUCAUCAGUCCCUUCAGUGGAUGAAGGACAACGACAUCGAGGAGAUGCUGGACCUCACCUUCACUGUCAAUGAAGAAGUUUUUGGACAGAUCACAGAGCGAGAGCUGAAGGCUGGCGGCGCCAACAUCCCCGUCACGGAGAAGAACAAGAAGGAGUACAUCGAGCGGAUGGUGAAGUGGAGGAUCGAACGCGGCGUGGUGCAGCAGACAGAAAGUUUGGUCAGAGGCUUUUACGAGGUGGUGGACGCACGCUCGGUGUCUGUGUUUGACGCCAGGGAGCUGGAGCUGGUGAUGGCGGGGACGGCAGAGAUUGACUUGUCUGACUGGAGGAACAAUACGGAAUACAGAGGAGGUUACCAUGACAACCAUAUAGUCAUCAGGUGGUUCUGGGCGGCAGUGGAGAGAUUCAACAACGAGCAAAGACUUCGGCUUCUGCAGUUUGUCACCGGUACGUCCAGUAUUCCCUACGAGGGCUUUGCGUCUCUGCGGGGAAGCAAUGGACCUCGGCGGUUCUGUGUGGAAAAGUGGGGCAAGGUGACGUCCCUGCCCAGAGCUCACACGUGCUUCAACCGUUUGGACCUGCCCCCCUACCCGUCCUUUUCUGUGCUGUACGAGAAGAUGCAGACGGCCGUGGAGGAAACCAGCACUUUCGGACUCGAGUGAGUCGCCAUGCUGCUGAACGGAGACAGCCAGACGGAAGUGUCGCCCGCACGGAAGGUGACGUUAAAAUCCAACGCGUCGCAGGGCGGUGAGACUUUGGAGGCGGGCAGCCUUCCAUUUGGUUGGUUUUUCGGGUUGUGGGUUUUGUAGAACCACGUGGCCUUGCGGACCACAAUCAGGGAGCAAGCACCGCCUUUGGAUUCUGUCUCCAAGAAUGACCUCAGAGGAUCAGGAACCCAGAACUUGUGUGGCUGAUUGGGUGAGCUUUGACAUGGUUGCUACCCAAAAAAACAAAAACAUUUCAAAUGUGCAAGAAGAAUCCAUUUUUCUGGAAGGGUGUUGCCGUUUGAAUGUCAUUGGUUUUUACCACGUACAAAAUUUUGUAUCUGUUGUCAAUCAUUAAAUGGCUGCUUCGUGUGAUAUCGGAUGCCACAGUCCAGGGUUCUACGGGUUCUCUUUGCUAACAUUUCAUGCAGGAAGGAUGAUGGAAGAUGUUCUAAUUUGUUGCUCAAGUAAGGGAUCACGUUCUCAAAUGCAGCGGUUGGCAUAAAGUGUCAGUAUCUAGUAGGGGUGUAACGGUACACCAUUGUCUCUGUUCGGUUCAUUUUGGGUACAGUUAAAAAAAAAGCAAAAUGCAAAACAAAAACCUGCCUAGCCUUUGUGUCAGCCAGGGGUCGGCAACCCACUGCUCUGCAGAUACACCGUGCUUUUUCAUUCUUCCCCUGCGGCUGCAGGCCAUGAUGCACAUGCGUUGAAUUGAAAUAGACGCUGUAGGAGAGAGGGAUAACCUCGUGGGAGAGACAAAAAGAGAGUAAAAAACAUGAAAAGCAAACAAACGUGUUUAGAACUACUAAUCAACUUUUAUCUGUUGCUUCUUUACGAGUGCUUUUAGAUGGGCCCACAGCAGCACCUGCUGCUCUUUGAGAAGAGCGAUUCGUGCUUUCACUUAUUUCGCUUUUUUGAAAAAGGCUAUCUUGAGGGCUCUGAUUACGGCAAUCCCUCGCCACUUUGCGCUUUGAAUUUUGUGGCUUCAUACUGUAAUAUAGCAAUUGAUAAAUCAUGCUGUUUCUAUUAGUCAAAAAUAUGCACAUUUAUGCAAAUUUUACGCAUUUUUUGUUGCCUAAAUGAAGCAUUUUCAGGCGUAAAAGUGUCUAAAUGAUGUAAAAUACAAAUGUAAGGGCAUUCAGAAGAGGUAUUCAAAGAUGUUAUGGUGAUGUAAUGUUAUGCUGCACCAGACUUGAUCGCGGGAACACGCUUUUAUUGUAGGUUUGAAUGAUCUCACAACAGGCACAAUAAUCCCCAACACGGGCUACUGUUGCGGCUGUAACCCAUGUCAACCUAAAGCUCAACUCUGAAUCCCCUACCUUAGUUCCUGUACGACCCACCCCUGCCCCCCCGGCACUGAAACACAUUUACAGCAACACACACAAGUACAAGUCUUAUUUUCUGUUAUUAUGUCUACUAUAUUGGGUAAUACCAGUGUAGAGGUGAGUAUAGGGGUGUUAUUUCAUGUCCAGAGGGCUCUAUUUAAAUAACAGGUUUUCUAUUAUCUAACUGCAAAAAUCUUCCAAGUAUAAAUAAGAAAUCCUACAUCGCGGCAAUUCACUUACCACGACCUUGUGUUUUUCUUUACCGAACCGAAAAAACUGUAUCCAUGUACCGUUUCACCCCAAGCACCAUCAUCGAUUCAAAUGUAAGUCCAAAUUUGACUUGUAAUUCUUUUUGACGAAGCUGAGAAAUUCUAUGCGUAGUCAGGGUGUAUUUUGCAACUGUUUGCUUUUUAUUAUUUGUGCAUCGAUUCAAUGAUCCAGUCUAAGGGUUGUGUUUGAGUCUUUGGAGAUCCCCACGACACUACAAUGUUUUUCCACUUAGUGUUUUUUGCCUGCAAAUGACUGAUUGUAGAGUUCUCACCAUUCUUACAUUGUUAUUGUUCCCUCGAACGAACACACUGCCUUUCCUCUGUGCGUACGAGCAGAGAGAACCAAAGUUUGGGUCACGGUCGACCCCGUCUUUGUGUACACCGACCUCACUUUUGCAUAUGAAUGUUGGCAGCACUGUACUGAAAUAAAGUUCCAUCUCUGUCGAUAAAAAAAAACCAAAAACAUACUUUUCUUGUUGUGCAGCUUCCUCGGCAAGACCGAACAGGAUUUCGAUGCUGCUUUGUGACUACAAAUGUUAUUUUUGUGUUACUAUUAAUGAUCUGGUAUAUUAUGUGUUUUAGACAUGCUCCAUACACAACAAGCUCAGCAUGUCUGCGGUGUGGAAUUAUUUAGGGAUCUUUGUGAUAGACGAUUUGAUACACGUCUACAUACAUGGGUUACGAUGCGAUUCAAAACCGAUGUAUUUUAAAAACAAUAAUUUGAUACAGGGUAUAAACGAUACCAGUCGAUUUCAUUCUACAGUUACAUUUGUUGAUUUAGACAUUAUAGUCUUACAUUAUAAAAUAAAGAAGACAAUUCUUUAAAAGCGGCGUUCUUACAGUAUUUUCCUAUUUGUAAAGGAGCACAUCGUAUCCCCAAGCAUGCCGUAAGGCAAGGGUCCUGAACCCCCAAGCUGCCACCAGGUGUAAAUAAUUACAUUGAAUUUUAUGAAAAUAAAUUUUGGAAAUAUGAGCCAUUAUUUCCGUAAAAAAUCCUAUAGUUUUGCACGUUUAUGUUAGACUACUGUACUGUAUUUUUCCCCUUUUUCCUUUCACCUCAUAUUUGAUCCCAAAUGCUGAUACUGUGUGGGAAUGCAUAAAGGUAAGAUUGGAUACACCUGAGACAAACCAUUACUUUAAUUGUUAUAUAUAAUAUUGGUUUAUAUAUUAACAAUGUGGGCAUGAUUUUAAAGACAAAAGUACUCACCAUCAUAUUGUCACAUUAAGGCGGAUAUAGUUCGGAUAUGGUUUGGACAAGAUAUAACAUAACAAAACUCUAGUUUGCAUAUAGUUUUUAAUUGUCUACUUCCAUGUUGGAUGUGUACUCAACAAUCACAGUGCACAGAAUCACAGUUACACAGAGGUCUCCUCGUGAAGCCAAUGUUGCUUCAUCGCUCGUACGACACUAUUCCUUCUUUGGCAGCUGAUCAGGGUAGGAAACUUCUUUCCCCCACGUAAACGCCACAUAUAACACUCCCACUCGACACUGAAUAACUCUAUAUUGUAAAUGGCAAGUCACACCAUUAAUACAGCACAGGUUUCAUGCAAAUAAGCCCUACAGCUGGGCUGUUCAACUGGCGGCCCGCGGGCCAAAUCCGUGCCGGGGAUGACACCAGACCGACCCGCGAUUUCAGUUAAAAUCUUUUGGGAGAGACUGAUAUUUUUGCAGCAGUUUCAUAAAGACACGAGAGCGCUGUCAUAAAGAGGAUCUUUCGACGAGAUAUUUUGGAAUAGGUUCUCAAAAACUGCAGAGCACUCUAUGUUGUGGGGAACUUGGACCCUCGGUUCCAUGUAAGUGUGCACGACCAAGUCAGUUGUGGUAUGUGCUUAUAAGGUGUCUAAAAACACACAAAAAAGCUGAUACUGAAGGGAGAAAUGUGCCCCCCAGAAUAGUUUAGUUGAAUAGCCCUGCCCUACAGAGUGACCCCUAAAGCCUGGACACAUAGGCAUGAAUGCAUAUAUUAUACAGAUAUUUACAAAAAUAACUACAAAUUAAUUGUACUUAAUAUAUAUCCAUCCAUUCUCUAUGCCGCUUAUCCUCACUAGGGUUACGGGGGUAUGCUGGAGCCUAUCCCAGUUGACUCCGGC